AUGGACAAGACACAACAUCAAAUACGCUCUUUCGAUGGAGAAGUUAUUAUGUCAAGUAUCCCCUGGAGGGAUGAAGAGUUGAUGUCAAGCAUCCCCUGGAGGGAUGAAGAGUUGUUUUGCUAUUUAACCCUGAUCUCUGAAUUAGAAAGGAAGGGAGCACCACUUCAGCUACAGAGCACCUUAGCUUCCGGGCAGAGCUCUGGAACCGCAACCACCAAAGGACCAACCGAUACGGAUGCUUCGGCAUUCUUUCAAAUGAUGAACAACUGUGAGUUUUUUAGAACUGAUGAUGGAGACAGACUUUAUGAGAAAAUAAAUGAAGAAACAACACCCGAAGAAGCUGGAGGUAGUGAAAAUCUUGUUGAUCUUUUGUCGGAGAGGGUAUCGGCUAUUACCUAUCAAGAUGCAAAGAAAAUUCUUGUCAGUUUAUGCAGCAGUAUCCCAAAAGAAAUGAAAUGUAUGAAGAUUGACAUUUCAGAAUCCAGCUGCAAAGAAAUCUCAGAGAAUAAUUCCUCUUCAAGAAGUGGUCUGUAUGAGAUAAAGUUAUUGAAGUCAAAGAAGGCACAAACAGUCUACUGUGACAUGGACACAGACGGCGGUGGUUGGACGGUGUUUCAGAACAGAUUUGACUUUUCAGUAGACUUUAAUCGCAAUUUCUCGGAAUAUGAAAACGGCUUUGGUGACUUAAACGGUGAAUUUUGGUUAGGUCUCAAGAUUGUACAGGAAAUGACAUAUCAAGGUACAACUGAGUUCAGGCUGGAUGUCACCACGGUUGACGACGACACUUUGACCGAAACCUACCAGAACUUUUAUCUAGACAAAGGCCCAGAAUAUACCCUUCACAUUGGUACACCAGGUUCAGCACGAACUAAGCUUGUGUAUAACAAUGGUCAGCAUUUUACAACUUAUGACUUUGACCAAGAUAGUAACUCUAGGGCUAACUGUGCAUCCCGUGACCAUGGUGCUUGGUGGCACAAUGUAUGUACCAGACUUACUCUAAAUGGGUAUAGGAUGAGUUACGGCGGAACUAUAAGUGAAUGGCUUCAGCUUAAAACAACUAAAAUGAUGUUUCGAUGA